AUGCCGCCUCAAGCACAUGGAAUUCGUGCGGGAGAAGCAGUAGACUACAGCAUGCCCAGUCCAACAAAAAGGCUUGCUGUUGCCACAAAUAGUGGCCUUUGCCACGACGAACGAGGACAUUCUCCUGAUUAUGACAAUCACUUAGAGGAUGUUAAGCAAUCUAAGCUCCUACUGACGUCUCCUGAAAUACUCCCUGAGAAACAUCAU